AUGAGAGGUCUUUGCGUUCUCGGUCUGUUUCUUUCCCUUACCGGGUCUAGUACCGCCUUACAGCGCCGCCAGGAUGGCGCCAUCAGGGAUGACGAAUCUUCAAAGGCCGUGAAAAGCCGGUUUAUCUUCGAAUUUGCCCCAGACGUCAACAGUAAGACCAACACUGACAAACUUGAGGCACAGCUGGCCGGCUCUAAAGUACACAAGGUAUUCGAUACAGGCAUCUUCAAGGGUGCGAGCAUCGACACUGAAGAUGAUGUCGACGUGUUGAAAGCCGCGGGCCAGCUGAGCGGCGUGAUCAAUGUUUGGCCUGCCCUUCAAGUGAAGCUCUCAGAGCCCUCAUCGGAUUCGUUGCCUCAGCUUUCUAACUUGGAGAGCGUCGGGGAUUACAGUGUCCACCACAUGACGGGGGUCGACAAAUUGCAUGAAGCCGGUAUAUUGGGAAAGGGUGCUGUUAUUGCAAUCGUGGACACGGGUAUUGAUUAUAAGCACCCUGCACUCGGCGGUGGGUUUGGCCCUGGUUUCAAAGUAGCCGGCGGCAGGGACUUCGUGGGUAAUGGUAAUUGGCCCCAGCAAGGAGAAAAAGAGCCAGAUGACGAUCCUAUGGACCAGAAGGGCCACGGCACGCAUGUCGCCGGCAUUGCUGCGGGAAAUCGGGGAUGGUUCAAGGGCGUCGCUCCAGAGGCAACCAUCCUUGCUUACAAGGUUUUCAGCAACAGCGGCCUAACUGACGAAGAGGUCCUCAUCGAAGCGUUCAUACAGGCAUUUGAAGAUGGCGCUGAUGUUAUUACCGCCAGUAUUGGAUGGGAAUACAAUUGGUCCAACAGCGCCUGGGCUAUGGUUGCUUCACGACUUGUCGAGCAAGGAGUGGUCUGCACUAUCGCAACUGGCAAUGACGGUCGUGUCGGUCCCUUCUACAGUUCCAGCGGCUCCAGCGGCAAGUAUGUAACAGCUGUGGCAUCGGUCGACCCCGACGUCAUUGCAGCCAUUCCCUUUACAGCCAUCACCAUCAAGGACGGAGUGGCUUCGGAAACCGUAGUUGGGUAUCGUCCAGCCGCCUAUGGCGGUGUCUUUGAUCCAAAAAUCAAGAACAUGACAGUGUAUCAUAUUCCAAAAGAGAUGUGGACGGCCUGCUCUCGCCUACCACCUCAGCGCAAUCUUUCUAAUGUUGUGGUACUGACUUCACGAUCGAUCGAGUGCGAUUACGGCUCGCAAACGUACUACAUGCAGCUCCAGGGCGCUAAGGGCAUUAUCUUUUACAACAGUGACGAAAGAGAGCUCGAAGACCCGAGUGCCGUUGAUGGUGUUAAGAUUGGACAUAUCGACCAGCCUAGCGGCGAAGCUCUUGUCAAGGCGAUCUCUGACGGUUCCACCAUAGCUUUCAGCUUCCCUGAGUUUGGGGGAUAUGUCACGAUGCAUGAACCCACAGGGGGUGUGGCUAGUGUCUUCACAUCAUGGGGUCCCACCUUUGAACUUGAACAGAAGCCUGAUAUUGGGGCGCCCGGGCGGUCAAUUGUAAGCACCUAUCUCGACGGCGGCUGGAAGAUGUUGAGCGGCACGUCCAUGGCCACUCCGUACGUCGCUGGAGUUGCGGCUCUCUAUGUGAGCAAACAUGGGGGCCGCAAGCAACACGGUGCUGGUUUUGGAGUUCAGCUCACAGCCCGUCUUAUUUCCUCUGGUAAGACGUUACCCUGGGCAGUUGGUUCCAGACACUUUGCGUCUACCGCAAAAGUAGGCAAUGGCCUGAUCAACGCCUGGAAGGUCGUUAAUUAUGAUACUUCGCUCAGCUUUGCGAAGUGGCAGCUCAACGAUACCAGGCACUUCAGCCGUUACCAUGACGUUGAUAUUACCAACAAUGGUGAAAAAGAGGUCACGUACUCAUUUGAGCUGGAGCCUGCUGCUGGAUUUAUGGCCUUUGAGCGCAACCGUGACGUCUAUCGCUACGCGCCUGGGGUUGCAGAAGGCAUGCCAGAGCCGCGCCAGAUGAUUCCUGAUGUAAGAAUGCCAGCGGGUACCUUCAGCGUCAAGCCCGGACAGACGAGAAAGGCGGAAUGGAUUUUCACUCUGCCCACCGGCGAUAUCGACGACAAAUCCCUGCCUGUGUACAGCGGUAAGAUGCUCAUCAAGGGUGACAACGGCGAGCAGCUCUCUGUACCUUACGUCGGUCUGGCUGGUGAUCUGAAACGGUCCAUCGGAAAUCAGAAUGACAUAUGGUGGUUGACUAAACCUCAUUUUGUGACUGGUGUCGGGUGGACGCCCGUCAAAGACAAGCCAAACUGGACCUUUAAUCUGGCCCUUGGAAUACAAGACUUCCCCCGACUCUUGAUGACUCCCACCUUCGGGACCCCUCUCAUUCGAUGGGAUAUCUACGAGGCCGAGUGGCAAGAACACAGAUGGUCGUAUCCUCCCGUGGUCGGGGAGAACGGCUUCAUUGGAACCGCAACAACUUACCGAAACGCCGAUAGCCUUGUACCUUUUGAUCCAGAGUCUGAGAACGCGUCGGACGUAGUUCCGGCCGUGAAACAAUGGCAGGUUCGGGACCACAUGCGAGAUUUCUGGUGGUUUGGACAACUCGCCAAUGGGUCUCACAUUAUACCCGGCAACUACACGAUGCGUGCUGCUAUGCUGCUGCCGUUUGGGAACCCAAAGGCUUCUGACAACUGGGUUAUUGUAGAGUCGCCUCAAAUUCAAAUUCUACCUAAGACGGCUUAA